CGUCCUGUGUAGUUUUGUACAUUGUUGCUGCAACUCAACCCAAGAACUUUUAAAACGUGUUGAAUUGUGUUAGCUGGCUCACCGCUGUUCGAUUUCUGCAUAUUUUUUUUAAGAAAUUGAUUACGUCGGCCAGUCUUUGGUAAAGUUAUGGCAGCAUACAAGGAUACCAUGAAGCCUGGUGUUGAAGAGACCCAAAACUGGUUAAAUCAUCGAAUUAGAAUCACUCUUACGAGUCUAAAUGUUAGAAGUUUAGAGAAAGUUUGCAAUGAUUUAAUUAAAGGGGCCAAAGAUAAGGAACUGAAAGUUAAGGGACCAGUGCGAAUGCCAACAAGAGUUCUUCGUAUUACCACUCGUAAGACUCCUUGUGGUGAAGGUUCAAAGACUUGGGAUAGAUUUCAGAUGAGAGUUCAUAAGCGUAUUAUUGACUUGCACAGCCCAUCUGAAAUUGUAAAGCAGAUCACUUCUAUCAGUAUUGAACCUGGUGUUGAAGUUGAAGUAACUAUUGCUGAUGCAUAAAAUACAAUUUUUGUAAUGAAUAAAAGCAAAUAAAUGAGCUAAAACUUGCA